GAGAUUCUGUGUUGUGAUAGCAAAACUUUGCCCAUUGCUGUUCGGAAGGACCCUAUGAUUUAUUCAGGAGCAGAUCGAGCACGCAAUCUAGCUGUCAAGAAAGCGUCAGCUUAUUAGGCAAGUACUGCGUGAUUCCAUAAGAGGGUCUAAGCUAUAAAAAUCCCGCAACCAAGCUCUGAUUAGAAGAAAAUCUGAACCCAAGUUCGGUGAAGAGACGGCUCAGAGACACAGAGGGAGCACCUGAAAAGCUUCAGUCUCCUCCCUCUCGGAGCUGAGAGGCGUCAGCUACCCCGCUCAUUUGCAGAAGCGACUGGGAAGAUCAGCGCCCCGACCAUGAAGCUCCAGCUUCUUGUGUCUACCGGGAUCCUGCUGUUUACGCUCUUGCCCUGCCAAGAAUGCAGAGCUCUCAUCAGCAAGGGUUCCGCGUCCAUGGGGUCCGCAGCUCAGCCCCUGGACUUCUUCCAGCCGCCGCCGCCGCCACCGCCGAAUCAGCAGCAGCCCCUGCCUCUCCUGCUCCGCAUGGGAGAAGAAUACUUCCUGCGCCUGGGCAACCUCAACAAGAGCCCCGCUGCUUCCUUCUCCCCCUUGUCUCCCUCCUCCUCCUCUUCCUCCUCCUCCCCCGGCGGCAACCCUGGUAGUCAUUUCUCCCCCGAUGUCUCUGUCUCCAACUUUUUCCGGGGGGCAGUCCAGAGGCUCCAGCACCUGCAACUCCCUCAGCGUUCCCUAGACAGCCAGGCAGGUCUGGGGGAGGGAGGAGCUGAGAGUACCUACAGCGAGCAGCGGGAGGCGAUGGAGAGAGAGAAGCGGUCGGAAGAACCUCCCAUCUCCCUGGAUCUUACUUUCCACCUCCUCCGAGAAGUCUUAGAAAUGGCCCGGGCCGAACAGUUAGCUCAGCAAGCUCAUAGCAACAGGAAAUUGAUGGAGAUUAUUGGAAAGUGAGACAUGCCGUUUUGCCAAAGAGAUUCUGCAUUUAGCACAAAAAGAAAAAAAAAUACAGUAUUCUGUACCAUAGUGCUGCUCUGAUAUCAUUUGUUUAUUUUUAUAUAGCUUGAAACAUAGAGGAUGUACACUGAGAGAGCCUAUAUCCCUUAAUUAGCAUGCACGAAGUGUAUUUAAGUGCAGUAACAAGAAAAUUGUACUUUGUAAUUUUAUUUUCCAUCUCCAAGUUAUUCUAGUGGUGUGGUUAGCACAGGUGUAGACCCUUGAAGAAACGUUUUGAAGGAGCGGAGGAAAGUCACCUACUUAAGCUUGUUGUGUUCUAAAGUCAAGGAGAAAGCUUUUCUCCCUGGGCUCAGGGUGGUUGGGCAGGGAAAUCCUGUAAGUUCUUCUGAAUCACUUUUUUUUCUUGUAAACAUUGCCAUAAUAAAACAUCUUUCCAGCCCUCA